AGUGACACCUCUCCCUAUAUUGUAGUUGGACUGUGCUGGAUAUUGUAUGGUCCGAAACCAAUGGCUGCCACCACAGCUUCUUCUCAUCCCAAGAUAACGAACGGCAUCGGAAUCGGAAUCGGUACCCGAGUCAGACUCGGUUGUUCCUGCUUGACUCGUCGACCUGCAUCCACCUCCUCUAUGGCCACUCCUUCUACUCUCUCCCCCAUUCCCAAUGGUCUCCUCGUCCUCAAGUCUGCCUCCACUACGCGCCGUCCCAUUCGAGCUCACUCACUUGGUGGUUUCUUCACUCGCCGCCGUACCUCGCACUUAUCACUUCGAAUCUCCGCCGCCGUCGCCACCGAGGAACAAGUGCAAACUAGCUCAUCAGAGCAGAGUGUUGAGAAUUUAGUAAUCAUAGGGUCAGGACCUGCUGGAUAUACAGCAGCAAUUUAUGCGGCUCGAGCCAACUUGAAGCCAGUGGUGUUUGAGGGAUAUCAAGUGGGUGGUGUUCCAGGGGGUCAGUUGAUGACUACAACAGAAGUAGAAAAUUUUCCAGGAUUUCCAGACGGGAUAACGGGUCCAGACUUGAUGGAUAGGAUGCGGCGGCAGGCAGAACGUUGGGGAGCUGAACUGUAUCAGGAAGAUGUGGAAUUUAUUGAUGUAAAAAAUGCUCCUUUUACUGUGCAAAGUAGUGAACGUAAGGUAAGGUGCCAUAGUAUCAUUGUUGCCACAGGAGCCACUGCAAAGAGACUCAGAUUACCUCGGGAAGAUGAAUUUUGGAGUAGAGGAAUUAGUGCCUGUGCAAUUUGUGAUGGAGCCUCACCACUUUUUAAGGGCCAGGUCCUUGCUGUGGUUGGAGGUGGUGAUACAGCAACUGAGGAAGCAAUAUACUUAACAAAGUAUGCACGUCAUGUGCAUUUACUCGUCCGCAAAGACCAACUAAGAGCAUCAAAGGCAAUGCAAGAUAGAGUUUUCAACAAUCCAAACAUCACCGUGCAUUUCAACACAGAGACUGUGGAUGUUGUUAGCAACCAGAAAGGGCAGAUGUCAGGGAUUUUGGUCAGGAGACUAGACACUCAAGAGGAAUCUGUGCUAGAGGCAAAGGGGUUAUUUUAUGGGAUAGGUCAUUCUCCAAAUAGUCAGCUCUUGGAAGGGCAAAUCGAACUUGAUAGCUUAGGCUAUAUAUUGGUUGAGCAUGGCACAGCAAAAACCUCUGCUGAAGGUGUCUUUGCGGCUGGAGAUGUACAGGACCAUGAAUGGAGGCAAGCCAUUACUGCAGCUGGAUCAGGGUGUGUUGCUGCUCUAUCUGUUGAGAGAUAUCUUACAAGCAAAGAUCUGCUUGUUGAAUUCCACCAGAAACCAACUGAAGAGGCUAAAAAGGAGCUCACAGAUAGAGAUGUACAAGAAGGUUUUGAUAUCACACUUACAAAACACAAGGGACAGUAUGCCUUAAGGAAGCUGUAUCAUGAGAGCCCAAGAAUUGUAUGUGUACUGUAUACUGCACCAACUUGUGGUCCAUGUCGGACCUUGAAACCUAUACUCAGCAAGGUUAUAGAUGAAUUUGACGAGAGCGUCCAUUUUGUUGAGAUUGACAUUACUGAAGACCCAGAGAUUGCCGAGGCAGCUGGAAUCAUGGGUACACCAUGUGUACAGUUCUUCAAAAAUAAGGAAAUGCUCAAGAUAGUACCAGGGGUAAAGAUGAAGAGAGAAUACAGGGAAUUCAUUGAAGCUAAUAAAUAAGGAACUCUAAUAAUUCUUUCAUCAUAUUAUUAUAUGAUAUGAUGUUGUUUCCGUUUAUCAUGUAAAAUGCCUUUGUUCUUCUUCUUCCUCUUCUUCUUCACUAAAGUUUUGAUAUUUGGACGACACGUACGGCUACUUCAUAAAUCAUUGAUCUGAUCUAUAUACUUCUAGUGCUUUGCCUGCUACAA